AUGUACAUCAUUGUGAAGAUCAUAAUUAGCUCUUUUAAUACAUUAGAAAAUAAAUAUGCAUAUACAGUAAAUACGGCAUUUAGCACAACUGUAGAGUGUUGGAACUGAUAGAAAUGUACAGUACAGUGGCCCUGUGUGAAAAAGUGAUUGCCCCCUAAAUCUAAUAACUGGUUUGUUUUUCUUCAGCCAAUCAGAGGUGGACUUGCUGGUGUGUUUUGGAUCAUUAUCCUGCUGCAGAACCCAAGUUAGUUUCAGCUUGAGGUCACCAACAGAUGGUCGGACAUUCUCCUUCAGGAUGUUUUGGUAGACCGCAGAAUUCAUAGUUCCAUUUAUCACAGCAAGUCUACCAUGUCCUGAAGCAGGAAAAACAGCCCCAGACCGUCACACUACCACCACCACCAUAUUUUACUGUUGGUAAUGAUGUUUUUCUGAAAUGCAGCGUUACUUUAACGGGACACGCACAUUCCAAGAAGUUCAACUUUUGUCUCAUCAGACUACAUAAUUUCCCCAAAGGUCUUCUGGCAAAGGUGGGGUCUUUUGUGACCUCUUGGAUGAGUCGUCACUGCGUUCAUGGGGUCAUUUUGAAAAGUUGACCGCUGUCUGUGGAUAAUGGCUUUUGCUGUUUUUUCACAGCAAUUCCUUUGAAAUAUAUUCAAUUGCGAAAUGUUUUAGCAAUGUGAAACAAAGAGAGGGUAGGUUUGAAAAAGCUCUCCUACUCCUUUUGAACAUAUGGAAUUGUGAAUUCCAAUAUUUAACAACAAACAUGCAAAAAAAGAAAUCAGGAAGGUGGGGGGCAAACCCUUUUUCACAUCACUAUAUUGACUGUAUAUCACAAAUGAUGUCUUUCUUUUAAUAAGGCUAAAGUUAUUAUUGAGUCUAUUCAUGUGUGUGUAUAUAAAUGUAAUUUACCUGCUUGAAAACAGGUUCAGAUAAGGCAUAACAAUAAUGUAGUUUGCUUUACCUUAACAGGAUGAAUUUCUGUUGGCUUGUCAUUAUUUUUCAUUGGUCUAUGGGGCAGUUUUAAUUGAGCCCCAUGACAUCUGCCUAGCAACCAGUGUAAAAGAAUCCGAGCAAUUCUCUUGAUCUUUGUUGCUGCACCUUCUAGUUGUGAAGGUAUGAUUUUCCACACAGAAUUCAUAACACUUGUGAUUUCACUGCUGUUUUUUUGCUCCUCAUCACUGGGGAUGUGUAGGGCAUUGUACAAGUGUGUGUGUGUGUGUGUGUAGUUGAGUGAGCGGCAAGCAAAGGGUUAAGGAAGCCUGCAACACUGGCAAGUUGAAGGCCUCCCUCUCCGCUGUCAUGAGAUGUUCCUCAGCCUUUCUCGACUCUUGACGGCUGCAGCACGACUCUCUUUCAAAAGCCCGUAGACAUGUCGUCGAGGAAGAUGGAGCGAGGCGGUCACGUCAACGUCGCCAUGAUAGAAGACAUCUGUGGCAAUGGUUCGGCAGGGUCAAAGGUCACCACCAUCUCAGAGCCGACCAAGCAGCCGUGCGGCUCAACCGUGAGCUUCCACGACAUACGCUACAAAGUGCACAUGAAGGGCGGCUUCCUCUGCAAAAACGCUUCAAGUCCUCGCCAGAUACUGAUGGACCUCAACGGCAUCAUGAGACCGGGCCUGAAUGCUAUUCUCGGACCAACCGGCAGCGGGAAAUCAUCUUUCUUGGAUAUUCUUGCUGCGAGAAAGGAUGCCUCUGGUUUGUCAGGGGAGGUUUUAAUCGACAGAGCACCACAACCGCCAAAUUUCAAGUGCCUCUCCGGAUACGUGGUUCAGGAGGACGUGGUUAUGGGUACUCUAACGGUGAGGGAAAAUCUACGUUUCUCGGCAGCCUUACGUCUGCCCAACUAUGUGUCGGAGUGCGAAAAAGAGGCCCGUGUCAAUCAUCUCAUCACAGAACUGAGCCUCUCCAAGGUGGCCGACUGCAAGGUGGGCACUCAGAUGACUCGAGGGAUCUCAGGAGGCGAGAGAAAGCGGACCAGCAUCGGAAUGGAGCUCAUCAUCGAUCCUCCAGUUCUGUUCCUCGACGAGCCCACCACAGGCUUGGAUGCUAGCACGGCUAACUCUGUCCUGCUGCUGCUCCGAAGGAUGGCCAACCAAGGGAGAACCAUCAUCAUGUCCAUCCAUCAGCCUCGCUACUCCAUCUACAGGCUUUUUGACUCGCUCACCUUGCUGGUUGGCGGCAAGAUGGUAUACCACGGACCUGCGCCAAACGCUUUGGAUUACUUCGCUAACAUUGGAUAUUCUUGUGAACCCCACAACAACCCGGCUGACUUCUUCCUGGACGUGAUCAGUGGAGACUUCACCAUCAGCAGCAUGUCCAAAGUCAACAUUUCUGAAGAUUUGGACUUUGAGGAGCUGAGCAGUUCCAGGCAGAGCAUGGAGGAGCGCCUGGUGGAGGAGUACAAGAACAGCAGCUACUGCAGCGACACGCGCAGCCAGCUGGAGCGCAUCCUGCAGGACAAGCGCUGCUCCUCGCGGCCCAAAUCCCGAACCGUCACCUACAACAGCUCCUUUUGCCACCAGCUAUGUUGGGUGCUUCGCAGAACCUUCCAGAACCUUAUGUUGAACCCGCAAACAUCUGUUGCACAGGUGGGGGUCCACAUUUUCCUGGCUCUCAUUGUGGGGGCCAUUUUCUUCAGGGUCAAAGACGAUCAGAGUGGCAUCCAGAAUAGGAUGGGGGCGCUCUUCUUUAUCACCACCAACCAGUGUUUCAGCACGGUGUCGGCGGCCGAGCUCUUCAUCACUGAGCGGAAACUCUUUGUGCACGAGUACAUCAGUGGCUACUACAGGGUGUCGGUCUACUUCCUGUCGAAGGUCUUGUCUGACAUCGUCCUUCGUACCGUCACCUCGGUCAUCUUCAGCUUUGGUGUCUACUUUAUGAUUGGGCUCAAAUCCACGGUGGUCGCCUUCUCCGUCUUCACGCUGACAGUCACCCUGGUGGCCUACACCGCCACCGCCAUGACCAUGGCUAUCUCCGCUGACCAGACGGUGGUAGCGCUCGCCAACAUCUUCAUGACCAUCACGUUCGUCUUCAUGAUGAUCUUCUCCGGUCUCCUGGUCAACCUGCCGAGCAUUAUGGAUUGGCUGGCGUGGCUCAAGUACUUCAGUAUUCCUCGCUACGGCCUGGCGGCCUUGAAGAUCAACGAGUUUGUGGGUUUAAAAUUCUGCGAGGGGAACGCCGCCAUUCAGAACACCAACGUGUCUGCCGUCACGACCAACUGCAGUGAGACGAACACGGCUGGGUUGACAUGUACAGGAGAGCAGUACCUGGACUACCUGGGAAUUGAGUACAGCACCUGGGGCCUGUGGGAGAACCACGUGGCAUUAACCGUCAUGUUAUUGGCAUUCCUGCUCAUUUCCUAUCUGAAACUUCGCUACAUUAAGAAGUUCACUUAAAAAGUCAAAGAUGCAGGUUUGUUUUCAAAGUGGUAAGCAUUUUCACAUUUGUUUUAAAAUUAGAAUUAACUUUUGAAUAUUUGCUGUUGUAGAGAAAAAUUUCAAUCCAAAUCUUGUUUUUGUAUUGUUUCAAUUUGUACAACUUUAUAUUCUCCUAUAUAAACAUUGUGAAACCUCAUAGUUUUUUUUUUUAAUUUAACCAAAUUAGCCAUGUAAAUAAAGCACAAAUACAAAUUUUUGAUAACACUUUUAUUUGGUAAACACAUUUUUAAAAAAAGGCACAGAUAAUAAAAUAUUAAGGCACAAGUGAAAAUAAUAAAUGCAUGGGCUUCCCAUGAACACUAGUUGCACUCCAAAUUGAAGUUUGUUUCAAGUUACAAUUUGUGUCAUAAACAAUAAUAAGCUAUUUCAUUUGAAGCUUCAUUGAUGUAAGGCAGAAUGCACACUUGUAACUACUGCGUAUUAAACGUGAACAAAAUGAACUUUCGACAGUCAUUUGUAAUAUGAUGGCCAGCGAGCGUAUUUGUCGUCAUGUAUUAAGAACAUGCAUUGCAAAGCGGAAUUUUCAGAUUCUCACAGCCGACUUUGGUACCAAAUGAGAAAUGGAGCCACACGAAAUAUACUGUAUCAGAAUAAAUCAUUUGUGCUAUUAUCCAAAUUUUUUUCUAUUGUUUUCUGUAUUAUUUGCUGUUUCCCUUUUCUCAAAUUUUUUUCUUCUACAUUUUUUUCC